GCAGAGCUCUGCAUUCAGGUCGGCAGACGCCACACUACUUUGCAUCUUGGGCUUCAAGAUGGUCCAGCUUCAUGAUCUCCCUGUCGAGUUGUGCGCAAGGAUCCUCUGCCUUCUCCCUGUACUCGAUGUUGUUCGCUUCCAGCGAGUACGUAUCAUUCUCAUCAUGGAGUCAUGUGCUGCCGUUUCUUCCAGCUUUUGCGGCCUCAUUCGAGACUCAGCUGAGCUUCAGUACAAAAUAGAGCGUUUUCUGACGGGGGCAGUGGACGGAUCGCCCGCGUCAGGAUACUCCUUUCAAAACAAAACGGACAGACUGAAAUCUUGGCGUCAGACAUGGAAGAGGCCGUCCUGGAACGAGGAGCGUAGCUUGCCUUCGUUCACACCAGUCGUCUGCGUCUCCGGACCCGUAUUCGCUCAAGGAAUGUCCGAAGACGAACUGGACACCGCUAUCGAAUUCUAUACCUUGGGAGCAAAGUUAAGAGGUGUCGAGCCGAGAAGCUGGACAUUGAAUAGCCUUCACGAAUACUAUACAUUUAAUUUUGACUGGUAUCAAGACCUACUGGUUCUCUGUGAAAGGUACCGCCGUCUGAACUUGGUUCAGGACAAUCAUCUGACGUUACUCAGCUCCGUCGAAAGCAGCCGGGUUACACUGCGUUUCCUGAGAUGUACUACCGGCCAAGUGCAUCCUGCAGCCAAACAUGUCACCCUUUUUGCAACUCUUCCAAUGGAGGGCGUUGAAGGGGCAGCCGUGGUGUAUCUUUGCGGAGACAUCGUUCUGCUCCGUUACAACUUCUCGAAUGGCAAACCCGAGUUUUGGGUAUUCGAUUGGAGACAGGGCUCUUUACUGCUGAAUUUUGGUGUUGACACUGACGUAGACGGAGCAGAGAUUGUGGUGCAGGAUUGUGCACUUCUUGACUCACGAUAUGUCAUGAUAACAGCUAGCGGAACAAGCUCUGGGCAUGUUUUAGCUGUUUUCGACUGCUACAGUGUCUCCUGUCCCGCACGGUUACUCUUUCCGGACGCCAUGCGCCGCCACGCCUCGCUCAUCCUUGAAUUGCCAUUGCCAGUGAAGCCAUACUCAAGCAACACUUUUGCCAUGCUCGAUUGCCAGCCUGAUAGUCCUGUUGCCCUGCCAGCGCAGCUCGAAGGUGUGGCUUUCCGCGCGGCGGGACCGCCCAUUGUGCUCGUGACGAUAUGGACCAACGACGGCGGGGACCAUACUAUUCAGCAUUCACUCUUCCUUCCAGGCCGAUUGAUUUUGUCCCGGCUCGUACAAUCCGGGGCGCGCACCGUAGCUCCCCCUUUGGCACAUACGAUACCAUGGAAGGCUUAUGCGAAGGAGUGCCGGCUGUUCCACACAUCGGACAUGGAAGUUACUUCCGUGUACGGAUCUCGUUAUGUUACCAGUGGCAGGGUCCGGCGGAACGAAGGGAGUGUACAAAACCCGCAGGAGGAUCAGCUAGUCGAUAUCCUCCGGAUCUACCACUUUGGCGAGCCCGCAGCGAUCCUCCACGACACGGAUGUCGACGGUCCUGCAGCGGACGACGGUACAGCAAAGUCCAGUGUGACUCGGGUCUUAGAAGAGUCUGACCAGUCAUGCAGUAUCAUCUGGGCUGAGCAAAUGCAGACAGGCGCACCUUACCUUCUAACACAGAUCAAUUUGGGCUUGGGGAAUGCGAUCGGCUCGGGUAUGUGGCUUGUUGAAGACGGGGUGGUUCUCACGGAGGGGAGCGCCGGGUACGCUGCAUAAAUGUUUCCCGAGAAUUGCUUAUACUUACGUCCUUAUUGUGGUGCAGAAGAACACGCGCGUACACUUUCUGAAUUCUCGUACGUGAAUGGUCGAGCGUGGCAUGCCCGGGAUAGCGGAUAGAGCUCCACGCAGUGUCCAUCGGCGGAGGAUAUUCACAGCCGUCCUGUACGUCGCCUACCUGGACAACAACUUGCGUUGGUUGCUCUUAUCUAAUCCAAAAGCUCCGCGCAUCCACGCUCGUAGU